AUGCGGCCCUCGUCGGUCCUGAAAAUGGCCUCGGCCUCAGUCCCCAAGGGGAGCGGCCUCCGCCCCGCGCCGAUGGCCCUGCUGCCGCCCCUCCCUCUGUACCGCCGUCUGUUCCGCGCGCACCGCAAGCACCUGCCCUCCGAGAUGCGGGUGCUGGGCGACGAGUAUAUCAAGGCCGAGUUCCGCGCGCACCGCAACGUCGACAACCCAGCGCACCUGACCCUCCUCUCUCAGAUCGGUUUCCUCACCGAGUGGCAACUGUACGCCCAAAAGAUUGAGGGCGACCAAUGGCGCGGGGAGAAGAUUGACCCUGUUAAGGUUGCCAAGAUGAGCGAUGAGCAGAUCGGCCAGCUGUAUGAGUUGAUGAAGGCGAUUCGCGAGAGGCGCGAGCGGGGCGACGCGGAAGAAGAGUCAUGA